AUGUCAGGACGUGGAAAAACAGCUGGUUCAGGUAAAGCCCGUGCCAAAGCGAAAACACGAUCAUCUCGUGCUGGCCUUCAAUUUCCCGUUGGCCGUAUUCAUCGUUUACUUCGUCGUGGAAAUUAUGCUGAACGUGUUGGUGCUGGUGCUCCUGUGUAUUUAGCUGCUGUUUUGGAAUAUUUAUCAGCUGAAAUUCUGGAAUUAGCUGGCAAUGCUGCUCGUGAUAACAAAAAAACUCGAAUUAUUCCUCGUCAUUUACAAUUAGCCAUUCGUAAUGAUGAAGAAUUGAACAAAUUAUUAUCAGGUGUGACCAUCGCUCAAGGAGGUGUGUUGCCUAAUAUUCAAGCCAUCUUAUUACCAAAGAAAACGGGUACCGAAACAACUGGGACCCCACGUGAUACAACAACAUCUACGAGCGCGCAUCCCAAAAAGUCAUCGAAAGGUGACAAGUCUGAAGGAAAAUCGAGUGGUACACCAGCAAAAAGUGGUGCAGCUGAAAAAGCAUAA